AUUGUGUAUAUGAGCUUGUCUCGGACGCCAAAACCAGCUUUCAUCUCGGCAAGCGAUGAAUGCUCAGACCAUGAUGUGGGGCCAACGGCUACGAUGUUGCUCAGAGUGUGUCCCCUCACAGUCUCCACGCAGACCUAUAAGUAGGCCGAUGAUCGAGGGCUUGGUCUGCAGUCAAUCAUCACUCCAUAGCCGAUCUCAAGAUGCGUUGGACCACUUCCCUUGCGUCACUGCUGCUGGUGGGCUCUGUCGCCAGCCUGCAGAAUCCCCACCGUCGCGCUGCGUCUGCUUCCCAGCGCAAAGCAUUGGCUCCCCGGUCUGCGUCGACUCCCGCCAGCAGUAUCAGGGAUUACUCGUACCUGACUAACAAGACCGCACGGUUCCUGGUCAACGGCACCGGCAUCCCUGAGGUCGACUUCGACGUGGGUGAAUCUUACGCUGGACUGCUACCGAACACUCCGACGGGCAACAGCAGCCUCUUCUUCUGGUUUUUCCCUUCGCAGAAUGUCAACGCCAGCGACGAGAUUCUCAUCUGGUUGAACGGUGGCCCAGGCUGCAGCUCUUUGGAUGGACUCCUGCAGGAGAACGGCCCUUUCCUGUGGCAAUCUGGCACCUACAAGCCCGUGCCCAACCCGUACUCCUGGACCAACCUCACGAAUGUGGUGUACGUCGACCAGCCCGCGGGCACGGGCUUCUCGCCCGGACCGUCGACGGUCAACAACGAAGAGGACGUGGCCGCCCAGUUCAAGAGCUGGUUCAAGCACUUCGUCGACACUUUUGGUUUGCACGGCCGGAAGGUCUACCUCACCGGCGAGAGCUACGCGGGCAUGUACAUCCCGUACAUUGCGUCCGCGAUGCUCGACGAAGAGAAUGAGACCUACUUCAACGUGAAGGGCGUUCAAAUCAACGACCCUUCAAUCAACGAUGAUUCCGUCAUGAUUUACGCCCCCGCAGCCCGGCAUCUAAACCACUACACCAACGUCUUCGCCCUGAACAACACCUUCCUAAGCUACAUCAACCGUCGCGCCGACGAAUGCGGCUACAACGCCUUCCUCGACGCCGCGAUCCAAUACCCGCCAGUCCACCCAUUUCCGCCGCUCCCCAACAUCACCGACGACUGUUUAGUCUGGGACGAGAUCGUCGGCGCCGCCUACGACGUCAACCCCUGCUUCAACUUCUACCACUUGACCGACUUCUGCCCCUACCUAUGGGACGUGAUGGGCUUCCCGUCCCUGGGCUACGGACCGAACAACUACUUCAACCGCACGGACGUCCAGCGCGCCCUCCAUGUGCCGCCCACCGACUACUCCGUCUGCGGCAGCAACACCAUCUUCGCGGAGGGCGACGCCUCGCCGCCCAGCUCGUGGACCGUGCUCCCGGGGGUCAUCGAGCGCACCAACAACACCCUCAUCGGCCAGGGGUGGCUCGAUUACCUGCUGAUCCUGAACGGCACCCUCGCCACCAUCCAGAACAUGACCUGGAACGGGGCGCAGGGGUUCCAGCGCGACCCGCUCACGCAGCCGCUGUUCGUGCCCUAUCAUUACGGACUGCAGGAAUUGUAUGAUGGCACCGAGCCGGACCCCUACAAUCUGGACGCCGGGGCGGGGUACCUGGGGACGGCGUACACGGAGCGCGGGCUGACGUUUUCGUCGGUGUAUUUGUCGGGCCAUGAAAUCCCGCAGUAUGUCCCUGGCGCUGCGUAUCGGCAGGUGGAGUUCCUGCUGGGGAGGAUUGGGAGUCUACAGCAGCGGGGUGGGUAUACUGCUUGA